AUGAGUUACGGCGCGCCCCAUGCCCCCGGCGGCGGCGCAUCCUCAGAUCCGGCUGCAGCCCUCCGGGGCGCCUCCCUGGCCUUCAGCAAGAAGAAGCCGCCCGCGCCCCCUCCCCCGUCCAAGGGCAGCAAUGGCGCCCUCGCCGCCGCCACGCUGAGCUCCCAGAGCACGGGCGGGAGCGUCAACGGCCUGCCGGACAUGGACGCGGCCGCGGCGAGGAGCAUCGUCGCUGGGAGGAUGCAGCAGCUGGCCGCGGCCUCGGGCCAGCAGCAUAACCAGCACCAGCAGUACGGGAGUCACCUGCAGACGCCGCCGAGGGUCGAUCCGAAGAGCACGAGUUUCAUCGCCGCUACCCUGGCGGCGAGCCGUAAUGGGAGUCCGAGCCCGCCGAAGCCCGCCGCUGCGUCCCCGGCACCUAGGAGGAAGGCCAGCGUGGGCGCUAUGAGCUCGCAGAACCAGGCUCCCGAAGGCCGAACAAAACCCAUUCCCAGCAAGCCCAAAGGAGAUCGCAGCCAGGCACCCGCACCACCAAAGCCCCGGGGAAGCUCUAAGCCGUUAACCAAGGUUUCUUCGAAUCGUGAUACAGACAGCCCGGAGCCGAUUGGGCUGCACCGUACAAAAACAACUGAUACGAUGGAUUCAGCAAAUGAUGUAUUCGUCUCUGCCCCAACCUCGCCUGAGCUUGCCAAAUCUGCCCCGGCCUUCCCACCCCGCCAUCGGAAAACGGCGAGCGGGCCACCAUCACCAACUAGAGAUGUGCAGCGGCAACGCUCAACUACCGCGUCCUCGACCAACAAGAGCCAGGCCCUGGAUUCCUUAACGAGCGCCAUCAUGGCUGGGUCUUUGGCCGCUGCUCGUUUAACGCCCCAUAGCACAGGAACCUCGUUGCCCCCUCCCGUAACGCCGAUACGGCAGAAAUCACCGCGCCUUCGCCAGACGCUUCGAGGCCCUGUCGACUCAUCUGAUGAUGAGGAGGAUCGACAUAAGAAGAAUCACCGGCACAAGCUGCGAAGCGGGAAGCACGCCCAUCACGAGGGCUCCCGCAGGAGAUGGCGAGAUGAGGUCACGCCCAGGGAGCGCAAGCGUUACGAGGCCGUGUGGGCGUCCAACCGUGGCAUCCACCUGCCCCACGCCGCUUCGCCCUCGGCGUCCAGCCUCAGCAGCAGCGGCAGGGACAAUCUCAAGGACUUUUCACACUCGGUGGCCAACGUCGUCGUGAGGGAGGUCUGGAAGCGAUCGCGGCUCCCCGAGGAUGAGCUGAUCGAGGUGUGGGAUCUCGUCGACCGUGAUAAGAGAGGCGUGCUGAGCAGGCAGGAAUUUGUGGUCGGGAUGUGGCUGAUAGACCAGCGCCUCAAAGGGAGGAAAAUCCCGACCAAGGUCAGCGAGAGUGUGUGGGGGAGUGCUAGUGGGAAUGGGUUGAUGGUCAUCAAGCCAAAGGCGAAAUAA